AUGGCAACAUCCAAAAAGCGCAGCUACAAUGAAAUUGAUGAGAUUUCCAGUGAUGAAUCAGAAACUGAAUCAGAAAUUGAAACUGAUGGUGAAACUGGAAGUGAAGACGACUCUGGUAACUCGGAUGUUGAGGAUGAUGAAAAUACUCCUUCAGUUCACACAUACAAUCACACAUCAAAAUCGUGGCAAAAAGGCAAUUUUGGACCAACUUUGUUUUCAUUUCAAGACAAUAAUUGUGGUGUAACUGCUAAUCCAGAUAAGAAUACACUGUUAGACUUUUUCAAAAUAGUUUUUGAUCAAGAGCUGAUACAGGUGAUUGCUGAUAAGACAAAUCAAUUUCAAGUAGAUUCUGCUGAUAAGCAUUCAUCUCCACAUCAAGCUAAAUGGUAUUCAACUAAUCUUGAAGAGAUAUAUCUUUUUUUGGCGACCUUCAUGUUGAUGGCUCAUAUUAAAAAAUUCCGAAUCAAAGAUUAUUGGUCCGUUGAUCCUUUGAUUGCAACGCCAAUAUUUAGUGAUAUUAUGCCGAGAGAUAGAUUUUUGCUCCUUUUGAAAUAUCUGCACUUCACUGAUCUAACUCAACCCAAAGGUGACAGAUUAUACAAAAUCAAAUUUGUGGUUCAACAUUUGAAAGAGAAAUUCAAACAAAUUAUGAUUCCGUAUAGAAACCUCUGUAUCGAUGAAAGUUUAGUACUUUGGAAAGGACGUUUAUCUUUUAAACAAUAUAUUCCAUCAAAACGACGUCGCUUUGGAAUAAAGUUAUUUGUUCUAUGCGACUGUCGUACUGGAUUUAUUUUGGACUUUGUGAUUUACACAGGAUCUCAAACAGAGAUUCAACGUGAUAACCAUCUCGGAAUUCCAGGUUCGAUUAUAAUGACACUUAUGCAACCGUACCUUCAGAGAGGUCAUAAUUUAUUCGUUGAUAAUUGGUACACAAGUCCACGUCUUUUCGAGCUGUUGCAUGCGAAUUCUACUGGUGCAUGUGGUACAGUUCGACGAAACCGAAUCGGAAUGCCAGCUUUUACGAAUAAGUUGAAAAGAGGUGAAUACGAAUAUCAACACACUGAUAUUCUACUUUGUGAACGAUGGUUCGACAAACGUGAAGUUACAAUACUCUCAACAACACACAAACCACAGAUGGCAAGUAGUGGAAAAGUUCACUACGCUACUGGUGAACAAAUUCAGAAGCCUGAGUCUGUCAAGGACUAUAUUGAAAAUAUGAGCGCUGUUGAUAGGUCUGAUAUGCAGAUUAGUUAUGUUGAAUGUGUUAGAAAGACAGUGAAAUGGUAUAAAAAACUCUUUUUCCAUUUACUGGAUAUAUCCAUCCUAAACUCACACAUUCUAUACAAGCAAAAAACUGGUAGAACGAUUCAUUCUUGUGACUUUCGAUUACAGCUGAUUCGUCAAAUUAUCGAAACUUACGGAAAACCAAAAGCGCCGACAGGACGACCAACCACUGGAGACAAUCCUGUUAGACUUAUCGCUCGCCAUUUUCCAUCACUUAUACCUUCAACAUUGACCAAACAAAAUCCUCAAAGAAAAUGUGUCGUUUGUGCGAAAACAACAAGAAGAACUAAAAAGCGAACUGACAGUAGAUACGAAUGUACUGAAUGCGAUGUGGGACUUUGCGUUUCUGGUUGUUUUCAAGAUUAUCAUACUCUAAAGUACUUUUAG